AUGUUGGAUUACAGGCGAAGCCGCGCUUUUAAACCAUUUGUAGCGAAUAGAGUGGGAUAUAUUCAAGAGCAUACAAACCCAAAUCAAUGGCGUCAUGUGCCAACUAAACUUAAUCCCGCAGAUGUAGCAUCGAGAGGUACAAGUGUACAAAGCCUAGUAAACAAUGAACAGUGGUGGCAUGGCCCCCAAUUUCUUACGUGUCCUGAAGGGCAAUGGCCAAGUUCAAAAAUUGAUUCGGAUACACCAAAAGUGGAAAUAAGGAAAUCUGUGAAAUCUUUUCUAGGAAAUGUGUUUGUAAAUAUGGAGGAGGACUUUCGACUAAAUCCAGCCCGUUAUUCAAAUUGGAACAAAUUAGUUCGAAUCGAGGGCUAUGUGAUGCGAUUUAUUAUUAACUGUAGAAAAUCUUGUGAAAGCAGAAAAUGUGGAGAAUUGGAUCCAGAAGAGUUUAUGGAUGCAGAGAAAUUAAUUAUUAAAGCGGCGCAACAAGAGGCAUUCAAUGAGGAAAUAAAGAAAAUAAAAAAGGGGCAAAAUAUGUCUGUAAAUAAUGUGUUAAUUGCUUUAAACCCAAAAAUAGACGACGUCGGACUAUUGCGUUCAUCAGGGAGAUUAGACCUAAAUGAAUCAUUGCCUUAUGAUGUGAGAAAUCCAAUUAUUUUACCUAGGAAAUACCAGGUGACAAAGCUAAUUGUAAAAAAGUAUCAUGAACUCGGACAUCAUGUCGCUGGGACAGACCACACUUUAGCAUUACUGUCCGAAAGAUUUUGGAUCAUAAGUGCAAGAGAAGAAAUACGUGAGUAUGAGCAACAUUUUAAUGAAUGCAAACGUAGAAAAGCAAAAGGUGGAGAACAAAUAAUGGCACCCCUGCCUAAAUUUAGGUCGAAUAUGGACAAUAUGAGAGCCUUUCACAGAGUAGCGGUAGACUAUGCAGGUCCAUUCUUAACACGGCAGGGGAGAGGAAAAACCAAAACCAAAAGAUAUCUAUGCUUAUUUACAUGUGUAGCCACUCGAGCAGUGCAUUUGGAAAUGGCGUAUGGUUUAGACACGGAUACAUUUUUAAACGCUUUUUAUCGUUUUGUGAGCAGAAGAGGUAUGCCAAAACAAAUGAUUUCCGACAAUGGCACAAACUUUGUAGGGGCAAAUAGAGAGUUAAGUAAAAUCUGUUAA